UUUUUUGGGUGUUUGAUUGUUGUGAGAAGGAGCUUGGGUUACGAUGGUUUUAGCUUGUGAACUUGAUGGCGUGUUUUGGUGAGUCGGAGAAUGGUUUCAUAGGGUCUACUUUUAGUAGAGUACGAUUCUAUUCAGGAUUGUAUUGAUGGGUGAGGGCGAAGGGCGAUGAAGAGCUGUAUUGAUGAUGGGGGAUUCGAGCGGCGCAAGUUUGACUGGCUGCGGAGGGCGCAAACUAGGAUUGCUGGUGCUGUCCCAGAUUUUUGCCUUGCUGUUUUUCGUCUUUCUAGCGGUGCCACACCUCUACAUUCAGUUUGAUGGCGUCGGUCCUUUCGGGGCGCCUGCUGUUGUUGAUGUAGAUGCGCUUCGGAUGAGAGGCAUUCUUCUCCCUUUACCGAAUGAUCUGGCUAAAGAGUUGUUGAUUCGAAAUGCUCUGCCCCCACGGAACAUCGACUUGUUCCCCUCGCUCCGGGACGAUCGCAUCGUAAUCGUUUUGUAUGUACAUUACCGGCCCCAUUAUCUGAAGCUUGUGAUUUCUGGGCUGUCUAAGGUUCACGGAAUCAACGAGACGCUAUUGAUUAUCAGCCAUGACGGAUUUUAUGAGGACAUGAAUUCCAUUGUGGAGUCGAUACGCUUCUGCCAGGUUAAACAAAUAUUUGCCCCAUGGUCUCCUCAUUUGUUCCCGGACGAGUUUCCAGGAGAAUCGCCACAAGAUUGCAAGAACGACGACAAUGCAGAGAAGCUGGGCUGCACAGGAAACCCCGACCAGUAUGGAAACCAUCGGAGUGUUCGAAUUGUGUCAUUGAAGCACCACUGGUGGUGGAUGAUGAACACCAUAUGGGAUGGAUUGACGGAAAUGAAGGGGUUCAAUGGACACAUCAUGUUCAUAGAGGAGGAUCACUAUGUGUUGCCAAACGCAUACCGCAACAUACAAAUUCUGGUUAAUCUGAAGGAGAAGAAGUGCCCUUAUUGUAUUGCGGUUAAUGCUGCGCCGCUGGAUGUGACGUCGCGGGGAGAGGGCUCUCGCAAACUCUACGCUGAGAAAGUGGGCAAUGUAGGCUACACUUUCAACCGCACAGUGUGGGAACGAAUCCACGCCCAAGCAAAACAAUUUUGUUUAUUUGACGAUUACAACUGGGACAUUACGAUGUGGUCCAGGGUGUAUCCGACUUUCGGCAGCGCUUUGUAUACACUGCGUGGACCUCGCUCCAGUGCAAUUCACUUCGGCAGAUGUGGACUUCACGAGGGGUACAACCAGUCCGGGCCCUCUGGAUGCAGGGAUUCAAACAUAGAGUUUGGAUUCGUAGAGCGUGCCGAUAUGGUGCCCAAUAUAAACCACAGAUGGCGUGUGCACAAGUAUAGCAUCAAAGGAUACUCGUCUGGCUUCGAAGGGUGGGGUGGAUGGGGUGAUAAGAGGGACCGGCACCUUUGCCUCUGCUUUUCUUCCAUGUACGAGAAGCCACUAUCGCUAUAGCCGCUGACCAUGAGAGACAUGUGAACUCCGAAACAGUUCAUAACAGUCGACACUGCACACAUGGAAUCCGCAUCCCCAUCUUGGUCUGAGUAUGUGCGUUGUUACGUAGCGUGUGGUUGCGCUGACCAUUCGCUGACCAUCGCAGAGGUUUGAAGAAGCCGAGGGGAAGUGCGCAAAAAGUGUGAUGCCCCGUUUGCAGGUCUGCCCUGGUUGUGGAGUAUGAAGGCCUGGAGUGUGGCGAUCCAGGGGUACCUGGACAUGGCAUCCCAAUUUCUAACUCACGGCAUCAUUGAUAGAAGGUUGACACUGCCUGAUAGAAGGUUCUGAUAGCAGACAAUGUGACUUGGGCUUCGUUUUUGGCAGAAACUGUGGAUGUGAUGUAGAGGAUUGGUUUUGUGAAAACCAACAAUUACAUAAACUAGACAUGGUUCCUGGGUGCACAAUGUUGUCAUUUUUAUGGAUUAUGGCAUUAUUACAGUACCUGUGGAAUGACCUGAGCAACACAGUUUUCUAGAUAGUUUUUAAAUGAGGUGGUGGCCAGUCUGAAUUGGUUGCACAGCCAUUUUUUAGUCAUCCGAAAGAGGAGGGGCACACUAGAAUAGACGUGUAGUCCUUGGAGGCGUCUAAGAAUUCCAUCAUGUCAACCUACUCUUUUCAGUUUUUGUAGGUUUUGUUCAAAGAAUUUUACAGAUCUUGCAUUUUUCUGUGUAAGUUAUUAGCUUGAUAAAACUGGUCUUGAGCUCGUGCUAUUCUACUCA